AGCUAGCUUGAGUCAGACUGAGAGCGACAGAGAUUUGCCUCUUACCCGAGCAAUGUUCAUGACAUUAUGUAAUUAGUGAACGUAAGAGACUGUUCUGUUAAAUGUGAAGGACAUAAUCGACGUCUAAGCAGCACAGCUUAUCCUGAACAUUAAUGCGAUAAAGUUACCACAGCCACAACAAUGCACUUGUCCUUAGUUUGCCUCGCCAAGCCUGUUCUUCAUGGAUACUUCAGAAGUUCCUGCUCCUGGAGGGUUCGCAUUGCUUUUGCUCUAAAAGGCAUUGAAUAUGACCAGGUUCCAGUCCAUCUGAUCAAAGAUGGGGGUCAGCAGCAUACUGAACAGUACCAGACAUUAAACCCCAUGCAACAAGUGCCUGCAGUUGAAAUUGAUGGCAUCACCCUUUCUCAGUCACUGGCAGUGAUCCAGUACAUCGAUGAGACCAGGCCAGGGCCUCCACUUCUCCCUGCAGACCCAAAGAAACGUGCCCAGGUCCGGAUGAUAAGUGACAUCAUUGCCUCUGGUAUUCAGCCUCUGCAGAAUUUGCACGUGAUUCAGAAGAUGGGAACAGAAAAGGUACAGUGGGCCCAGCACUUCAUUGAUCGAGGCUUUCAAGCUCUUGAGCCCCUUCUGAAGCAAACAGCAGGAAAAUAUUGUGUAGGUGACGAGAUAUCCAUGGCAGACAUCUGUCUGGUCCCACAGGUCUACAAUGCAGAGAGGUUCAAAGUGGAUGUCGAGCAGUAUCCAACUAUCAAAAGGUUGAAUGAAACCUUACUUGAGAUUGAAGCUUUCAGAGUGAGCGACCCGUCCUGCCAGCCGGACACACCCGAGGACCUGCGAGCAUAGAACUACUCAGCAGCUUAAAACAACUUUGUAAUAGUCAUUUGUAAAAAAUAAAGAUGCUUUGGAAAUAA